CGACGCCUGGUAUUUGGUACUCCAUCAUCGAUGGGUAAAUAAUCCGUAAGCGACGUCGAGCGCACCGGCGAUUGUUUUUUUUUGUGUCGUACCAUCAAGAACCUUCGGAAAGGUACCCAUAAUAAUUAUUCCGGUAUCAAAUUCCCACUGACGCAUUUAUUUAAAAUCAUGUGCGUUUUGCCAAUAUGAUUUUGCUUAUUUGGUGUUUACUUUUAUUUGAUUUUAAUUUUGGCGCCAAUGUCUUCAAUUGUCCCACUGCUGAUAUAAAAUUCGAAAAAACCUUAGGCCUGCGGCCUCCGAAUUCUAGUCACCCGGAAAUACUCUACCAACUCCAAAAGAACACCCCUUUGAGACCAGUGACGUCAGAGUGCAUCGCCAAGUGUCAAUCCAAUAACGAGUGCGCCAGUUUCGUGUUGUACUACAGUGUAUCUCGGUGUUAUUGGUUCAAGCAUAAAGAAAAUAAUUUCACUGACGAUUCCGAAAAUGUUAUAGACGAUAACGCUGCUUGGUUUGUAAAGAAAUGUUUUUUAACAGGUAGAACUUGUGACAAAUUUUGGAAUUUCGAGAGAAUCCCGGGUGCCAUUCUAAUAGGCAACGAUACUAAACAACUGCCAGGAGCAAUAUCGAGAACCGACUGCGAACAGUACUGCCUCAACGAGACCCAGUUUAUCUGCAGAUCUGCCAAAUUUAUUAUAACAGACACUGGACACACACCUAGCGAUAAUGGAGGGUAUUCUUAUGGACCACACAAUAAUGAGCUUUUACCGCCAGAGUCAAAUUCCGGAGUAAAAGGAACUUGCACCCUCAGCAAUGCUGAUAGACAUCAGAUGCCGUUCUCAUACAGGGUGUCAAGUUACGGAGAUGAAUAUUUCGAAAACCAAUGCGCACCAAACGCUGUUUCUAGCAAUGAAUUUUGUGCUUACGAAGAAUACGACAAUACGACCUUAGCUCACAGCGAUAUACUGUUUGAGAAAAAAACCAAAGAAGAAUGCCAAAAAUUAUGUGAUCAAUUCUUACAUUUUAAUUGUAGAGGAUACAGUAUUAUUGAAGGAAAAACAUGUUAUUUGCAUAGUGAAGAUAGUAAAAUUUAUGGACCUAAUGCUCUGAGAUUUAGACAAGGUUCUACGUAUUACGAGAAAGCAAAUUGUCUAAACAUAACUGUUUCGUGUACAGAAACCUACAUGAGUAUCGAAUAUGACCCUGACGUGAAUUUUAACGGUAGAAUGUACAUGGAAGGUUAUUCGGAAAAAGAAAUAUGUUCCACAAUCGGUCAGGGUCGGUAUCAUCCAAUUUCGUUGAAAAUACCUUUAUUAACGGGACAAUGCGGGAUAAUCAAAGCAGACGGACCUGUAAACAGGACACUGCUUUCAGGAAAUCUGCUUAUUCAGUUCAAUUCGCUGAUACAAACUCAAAAUGACAGACUCAUUAGAGUUGGAUGUAUUUUUGGUAAUGAAACUAGAGUUGUCAUUGGUACAGGUGUACAAGUCUCACCGAUGCAACCGAAUAAAGGCAGCGUGAUUAUAAUACCUGGACAAAAUUCGUCUGUGCCAAAUGUAGUAAUGAAAAUUGUAGAUCCUCACAAAGGAACAGAAAUCAGCGAUACUCAGAUUGGUCAAGAACUUCGACUUCAAAUUAUUUUGAAUCCACGUAACAAUUUAGACAUUUGGGCGAGUCAUUUAAUCGCGAUGACUGAAAGAUCUGAUGAGUCCAUUUUUUUGUUGGAUGAUAGAGGUUGUCCGACUGAAUUAAGUAUUUUUCCUGCUUUAACAAAAAAUAUAACCAAAGAAUCUAUAGAACUAGAUGGAACCUUUCAGGCCUUCAAAUUCGCAGAUUCUCCCAUAGUCAGAUUUAGUGUCAAUAUCCAAUUUUGUAUUGGAGAGUGUCCAACGAUAAAUUGUGGGCACAAUAUCAUAUCGUAUGGAAGAAAACGAAGAGACGUAAAGUCACAUAACAUUGAAACUAUCAAUGGGACGACCGUGGUUAAACUAAACACAGCUGAUUUGAAAAAUAAAUCAAGCAUUUUGUUCCAAAUGCCUUUGGAAUACAUAAUGGUGGUCAAACAUCCAAAUAAAUAUGUAUCAGACAGAUUGGUGUAUGCAGACAAUCAAAAGAUUUUAGUUGCAGGAUAUGAUUACACAACCAAUGAAGUAUGUCUGGACUAUUCCCUAGUAAUAGCUUUAAUCAUCCUGUGGAUCCUUGUCCAAAUAUUUUUCGUAAUUGGUAGUAUAGUGCUGGUUAGAAGAUACAAACGGUAUUAUCAACAUGAGUGUACGCGACAGUCAAUGGAAGAGUUGCAUAAAAACUUUGGAAUCGGCUUUAGCAACUUAGAAAAUAGAAGAGUGCAUUGGGCUGAUAAUGAAAAUAUUCUUUAAAUAUAUAUCUUUAGAUUCGAGGAUUUAAGAUUGAAAGAAAAUUAAGAAUAAAUUUCAAAUAAUAUGUAUCCAACUUGACUCAAAGUGAUCAUUACAGACUGUGUUUUCUUAUUCAUUGUUGAAAAUGGACAAUGUCGCCUUUCAGUUUUAAAUUCGAUAUACGUCAUCCAUAACAUAACAGCUAGUAAUUUAAAAACUACUAUUUUCCCUCAAUUAACAAACAAAGACAGACAUACAUAAAUCAUGUGUCUGUCUUUAUGUCUCGAAUAAUCGUUGUGUAAAGACGAUUUGACCAAAGUAUAUUAACCGUUGAGUAGCGCCAGCUGGGGAACCGAAUUCUAGUACGCCGACGCGAAAUAGAGAGGCGAGACCUCUUCUAAAGAUGUAAACAACCCCUUUCACUUUAGUCCGGCAGCUGAUAUAGGAAUUCGUUGUUGUGGAUUUAUUAGUGCUCUUUUAUUGUGUUUUUGUUAAGAUUUUUUGAGGUUUUGUGGGUUUUUCAUUAUGCCAGGAAAUGCAUGUGUUAUAAGUGAUAUAUAUUUUUAUAUUUACUACAUAAGUUAAAUACUCAUAAAUAUAAAACUGCCUAAUGACCAUACCUUUAUUAUAAAUGUAAACUACAAAAGAGUUUUACUUCAAAUUACGUCGAGCAGUGUAAACAUCACAUUCAAGACCAGUUCAUAAUUCGAGCAAAGUUUUACUGUGUCGUUCCGUCAAAACCUCAAAAGAGAGAGAAAGAAAAUUUGAAGCACCCAAGAUCAAAGGCACCGACGCUUUAUGUCGCUACUCAACUAAUAUACUUUGAUUUGACUCAUUUCUUUCAUGGCCAACUUAGGAGAAACUUUAUUUUUAUCAAUUAUUAAGCUUUCGAUUUGAAAUUUAAAUUAAUUUUUUUAGUCAGUACUUUUCAAUUAAAUGUUCACCACUUAAUAUUUUCAUUCGCGUAAAAUUUAUCAAUUUUGACUGAUAUUUAGUUUUCUUUAUUGAAGUAUUUCUUCAUAUUCUUUUUAAAUGUUUGGAAUGUUUUGUUAAUUUAUUUUUAGACUGAUUGUAAUUUAAUAAUUAUAAAAAUGUUAAUAUUAAUUUUGAAAUAAAAAAAAACUCGUUAGCUAUGUUAGAAUAUAUUGGUAUUUAUGCAAAUUUAAAAAAUGUUUAGAAUAAAUACAUUAAAUCAGUUUAUGGUGUCCACUAGAUGCAAAAUAUGGGUUUGGCAAUGUUCAAAAGGUUUUGGAAGUUACUAGAAAUAUAGUUUGAAAUAAAUUUAACAAAAGAGCUGCUAAUAAAUUUUUAGUUUUAAAGAUAAUUUUUAAUAAUUCAACUUGGCAUCAUUGUAACAAUUUUUUCUGCCCAGCGACUGGUGAUAAUUUUAUACAUAAAAUGAUUUUCCCACUUUUUCCAACAUUGUCUGUUAAUUUUUUCGGUAGGGCAGAAAGUAUUUGUUAUCAAGAGGGGGGAGCAAAACUAUUUUGUCAUUGACAGAUGUCAAAUAACGACAGUUACAAAGCUAAAAAUAAGGAGUAAGGAUAAACUAGUAGUAUGAAAAAUUUUUCACAUGAUAAACUGCAUUGAAAAUGUCAGUUUAUAGUUUUAUACCGUUAUAAUAUGGGAAUGACAAAAUUAACUCAAUUACAGAGCCUUUUUUGUAUCUAAUGGACUCAUACCUAUUAAGUACCUAUAUGUACCAAAAUACU